CGAGAGCUGAUCGAUGACGUCAGUGAGGUCAAAGUUGAGCGACUCCCAAUGAGGUGCAGCGAAAGAAAUUCUGACCGUCUCUGUCCACAGAAACAAAACAAUGCCACGACCAACGGCAAAUUUAAAAUUUUCAUCUCAGUGAGCUCCUGUCAUGUAAGUACCUGAUCCUCACUAUGGAUGAAAGCAGUCUGGAAGAAGCCAUCAAGACCUACAGCGCUCAGCUUCAGCAGGUGGAGGUGGCGUUAUCUGCUGGUUUGGGCUCAGCAGAGCAGGCUGACCUCCUGAAGCUAAAGGAGGACCUGCAGCAGCUCAUUGAGCUCACAGAGUCCAGCCUGGUGUCUGUCAAAAAAAGCCAGUUGCUGGCCUCUUUGGAGGAGCCUUCGACAAACCAAAAUGCCACAUCUGUUACUCAAGAAACGGCUUUAGGGGAUGAGUUUGCUGCUUUCUAUUCUGAACUGUCAGAGGACUCUGCUGAGGUGAAACAAAACACUGAACCGGAUGAGGAGGAAGAGGUGGAUAUAAGUGGAACUAAGGUAUGUGCUCCUUACCGUACCUCAUGGGGAACCCUAGAGUACCAUAACGCCAUGGUGGUCUGCCCUGAAGAGCCAGAAGGAGAAGAGGCUCGAGUCCGGGUGCUUUACCUUCAUCCCACAAACAAAUGCAUGAAACCCUGUGGCUUCUACCUUGAGGACAAAUGCCGCUUCAUGGACAACUGCAGGUACUCCCAUGGUGAGGUGGUGUGUGUAUCAGAGCUCAGGGACUUCCUGGAGGCUGACAUCAGUAACAUGGAGUCGGGCUCUGCGUGUUUGGCCAAGCAUGAAGAUGGCAUCUGGUACCCGGCCAGAAUAUCAGAGAUUGAAGGUGGCUUGUACACAGUGAAAUUUGACUCGCUGCUGUUGAAGGAGGCUGUGCUGGAGGCUGAUGGGAUCAUUCCUCCUCUUCGUCAAGAUGAUGGUUCCUCCUCUUCCUCAUCAGACUCUGAGGAUGAUACAGACCAUUGUGAUGCCGCCUAUGCUAAAGUAUUCGCAUCAAGGGAGGAGGAUGUGGCCCAGGUAAACAGCGCAGAGUUUUGUGGUUGGGAGGCUCACACGCGUGGCAUUGGCUCCAAGCUCUUGCUGAAAAUGGGUUAUGAGCUUGGUAAAGGUUUGGGGAAGACCCUCUCUGGUCGAGUAGAGCCGGUUCAGGCAGUGGUUCUUUCGAAAGGCAGCUCAUUGGACAUAUGUGCUGAGCUCACGCAGAGAAAGACUGCAGCCGCUGUCGCUAAGGAUAAACCAGCCUCUCGUAAACCGAAGGCUAAAAAGAGGAAAGCCGCCACAUCAACACGCUGCAAUGUUUUUGAUUUCCUGAACUCUAAGCUUGGUGAUAGAGCUCAGUCUGCGUCUCAUUCAUCAAGCUCAUCAGUCACUGGUGCAGAGGCCUACAGAGCUGGAAAGAGCACCAAACGUUCCCUGAACGUUCGUCUGUUCCAGGCUACAGAGAAAGUAGCUCAAGUGGAGAGAGAGAUUCAGCAACUCACAAAGUCUCUCAGUAGACGAAAUGGAAGGGAUGCGACAGUGGUCAGUCGAAUCGAGGAGAAGCUCACUGCUUCCCGCAAGUUGCUGGAGCAGCUGAAGGCUCAGGAACAGACCAUUCAGAGAGAGCAGAAGAAAGCAGACACGCAUAAGAAAAUGACUGAAUUCUGACAAAUCUACUUUUUGUUUUUAUGCUGUUAUUUGGGAUUUUGUUUAGUGUGUAUAAACAUUAAUACAUCUAUCGGUUAUAUCAAAACUUUAUAAACAUGUCUAUACGAUAAUGAAUGUGUGAAAUGCAUUUUUAUUUGUUUAUAGCCCAUCAGAAUCUCACUCUGUGACAUAAAGAAUGGCAUCUGAUAUUUAAACUCAAUUCCUUUAAAUGUUUCUUUUAAUGAUCCAGUCCAUUUAGACACACAAAGACAGUGUGAGACAUUACUUGCAAUAAAUUUAUAAAACAAUGUGUUUAGUAUAUAGUAUACGUUUCCUGAGAAGUCAAUUUUCUGGAAAAUAGGAGAAAAAGAGUAGAAAAAAAGGACAGUCCAUCAUUGUUAAUCUUAAUCUGCAGCAUGUUGGUUGAUAAUGCAUUUUAAUAAAUGGGACAGCACAGAGAAAACCGUUCUGAAACUGCUCAAACAC